AUGGGCAAGGCCAAGGCCGCGCCGGCGGCCUCGACCGACGGCACGGCGAAGCUCGCGGGCACGGCCUACCACGCGGCGUCGCGGAGCGUCGCGGCGCGCGAGCAGGCGCUGCAGGCCGCCGGCCGGCUCUGCGACAACGGCGAGAAAUGGGCGAAGCGCAUCGGCGCACGGCAGUCGCCCUACGAGUUCAUCGAACUCUGGUGGUCGCUGCCCGCGGCGACGCGCGCGUGCCCGCCGCCGCAGUCGAACGGCGAGAAGUGCCGGCGGUGCAAGAAGGUCGUGCGGCUCGCGCGGCGGCAAUUCAUCAAGCGCGACGAGGGGUCGCGCCUCGGCCGCGAGGCCACCAAGAUCGCCAACAUGAACGCCUCGAUGCUCGUGCGCCUCCUCUUCGCCGCACUCUGCGCCGCGCCGGCUCGGGCGAUCUGCCGCGAGCCGCACCCGCUCCUGCCGACGUACUGGUCCGCGGACGAGCCGAAGCUCGCCGUCGUCGGCAUCUACUUCAAGGACCUCCCCGCGUCGCACGUCCCGACGCCCGCCGAGUUCGCGGCCAUGGUCCACGGGCCCGCGGUCGUCGCCGCGCUGGACCGCAUGUCCGACGGGUGCCUGAACGCGACGACGUUCGCGCCCGACUUCUACGUCGUCAAGAACGAGGGCGCGACGCACCCGCUCGAGGAGGGCGGCCGCGUGUCCUGCGGCCAGGCCGACGACUUCUUCGAAACGUCGAGCGUCCGGAACCUGGGCUUCGACUUCGACGACUACGACGGCUCGUUCUGCGUCGGCGGCGCGCCGCUCCUCGACGCGCCGUCGGCCUGCGACGACCCGCUCCCGCCGCCGUGCCUCGACCAAACCCGAUGCUUCCCGGACGAGACGAUCUGGAACAAGCUCGUCCACCAGGGCACGAACGGGAAGGGGAAAGACGGCAACUGCGGCGGCAUGCGCAACCUCUGCCCCCAACCCGGGGCCUGGGCCUCGAGAGACUCUAUCUCGCUCUCGGGCGAGCCCUUCUGCGAGACGGACCACCUCAUGGCCUGUUCCGAGAACGGGAGCCACUACUCCCAGGGCAUUAUCAACGCGCGGCACGAAUGCUGGCAGAACGGCGGCGACGCCGCCGACAUGGCCUGCGUGCGCGCGCUCUGCGAGGCGACGCCGGAGUGCGGCGGCUACACGAUCACGACGCACGACUACGAGGAAUCGCGACGCUUGGAGGGGGGGUAUCCAGAGGGGCACUUGAACAAGGCCCUCUGGUUCAAGACGGCGUCCAUCGCCGAGCCGGACGGCGCGAACUGGCGCUACGAGUGCUGGCGCAAGCCCAAACUUGAGGCGCCGUGCUACUGCAACGCGCCGGGCGAGCAGACGCAGCCCGCGGGCGCGUGCGCGUCGCCGGGGGCCGACACGACGACGACGACAACGACGGCCGCGCUCUCCGCCGCGCCGACGCCCGCGCCGUCGGAGGCGCCGACGCCCGCGCCGUCGUCUGCGCCGACCGGCGAUACGACGACGACGACGACGACGACGGCCGCGCCGUCGCCCGCGCCGACGCCCGCGCCGACCGGCGACGCGGCCGCCGCAACGUGCGAAGACGACGCGGACUGGCUCGCGAAGUCGGACAAGAAGAAGCAGAAAAGCUGCAAGAAGCAGAAGAAUCAGAACAAGUGCAAGAAGAAGAAGAAGAAAGGAUGCGCGUGGGUCGAGGGCGCGUGCGUCGAGAAGCUCCAAACAUGCGACGACCUCUUCAACAAGGAAGGCGCCAAGCUCGCCAAGGCCUGCAAGAAGCAGGGCACGAUCGGCGGCGCGACGGAGAAGGUCAAGGCCAGCGCCGCCUGCCAGAAGGCGUGCGGCACGUGCGACGCGGUCGGCGCGGUCGUCGGCGCGACGACGACGACCGCGGACUUCUCGUCGAUCGAGGACGGCGGCGGCGCCGCCGAGGACUACGCACACUGCUGGGAGCGGGGCUACUGCGUCGAGGCGGACGGCUCGUACUACGGGGACCGGAACUCCGCCUACGGCCCCGCGGACCCGGACUCGGGCGUCGUGCAGCUCGCGUCCGGCGCCGCGUGGCACGACGAGUCCCACGAGAAGGCCCUCGAGUGCAUGUCCCUCUGCAACGCGAAUCCGGACUUCAAGGGCUGCGAGAUCGUCUUCGGCAAGCACAACCGGGGAUGCUACGGGCACACGCGGGCCGUCGCGCGGGGCCACGUCACGUGCGAUCGCCCCCCCUGCGGCGCCGCCUCCGGCUGGCAGGCCAAGUGCUGGGUCAAGGAUUGGGGCUGCGCGGCGGAGGCGCCGACGAAGCCGCCGUCGGGGCCGUCCGCCGCGCCCCACGCCGCACCCGACGCCGUCCUCGAACUUCAAGGACCC